AUGGCAAGUCCUGAGCACCCUGGGAGUACUGGAUGGACAGGGCCUCGUGGAGCCCAGUGUCUGACAAGGACCAAGCAGAGCACCUCAGCCACUAAUCCAGACCUUCACCACCCAGGACCUGAAGGACUUAUAGAGAGUCCCAGCAACCAGAGCCCCAACUCCAGCAUGACCACGCGAGAGCUGCAGGAAUACUGGCGGAACGAGAAAUGCCAGUGGAAGCACAUCAAACUUCUCUUUGAGGUCGCGUCAGCCCGCAUCGAAGAGAGAAAGGCCUCCAAGUUUGUGAUGUACCAGAUCGUUGUCAUCCAGACAGGCAGUUUUGACAGCAACAAAGCCACUUUGGAGCGCCGCUACUCAGACUUUGAAAAGCUCCAGAAGAACCUCCUGAAGACUUUCAGGGAAGAGAUGGAGGAUGUCACCUUCCCCAAGAAGCACCUGAUGGGGAACUUCAGCGAGGAGAUGAUCUGUGAGCGCAAGCUGGCCUUCAAGGAGUACCUGAGCCACCUCUACAGCAUGCGCUGCGUGCGCCGCUCGCACGAGUUCAUUGACUUCCUCACGCGGCCCGAGCUGCGCGAGGCCUUCGGCUGCCUGCGCGCCGGCCAGUACACCAGAGCCUUGGACAUCCUGGUGCGCGUGGUGCCCCUGCAGGAGAAGCUCACGGCGCACUGCCCAACCCUGGUGGUGCCAGCUCUGUGUGCCAUGCUGGUGUGCCACCGCGACCUGGAGCACCCGUUGGAGGCCUUCGCCGCUGGUGAACGGGCCCUGCAGUGCCUGCUGGCGCGCGAGAGCCACCGCUACUACGCUCCUCUCCUGGAUGCCAUGACCCACCUGGCCUAUGCGCUGGGCAAAGAUUUUGUGUCCCUGCAAGAGAGGCUGGAGGAGAGCCACCUCCGGAAGCCCGCCACCAGGGGCCUAACCCUGAAGGAACUCACCGUCCGAGAGUACCUAUCCUGA